GCCUAGGAGAGCAACAAUUUACAUCCGUGUCCGCCUGUCUCUCGCAUCUUUCCAAUCGCCAGCUCCCGAACUCUCCCUACCUCUCUGUCGAUCCGUCUCAGUCUCUCGCUUCCGACUCAGACCGCGCCGCGCAAUCCCGCUCAUAGGACUACAGACCAGGGGAUCCGCACUACUACCAGGACAAGCCUCCUAUACUUGCACCCCGCGUGCAUGGUUUACUGAAAGACAUAAGCAACAAUGGCGACCUUCCUCGAUCAUGCGUACAGCUUGGUGCACCAAGACAACACGGCCGACCAGCCGUCGCUGCAGGACCUCAAGAACCAACUGGAGAAGGGCACCGACGAGUCCAAGCAAGAGACGAUGAAGCGCAUCUUGACAAUCAUGCUCAACGGCGACCCAAUGCCCGCACUGCUGAUGCACAUUAUCCGCUUCGUCAUGCCGUCCAAGAGCAAGGCCCUGAAGAAGCUGUUAUACAUGUACUACGAGGUGUGCCCCAAGCACGAUGCCGGCGGCAAGUUGAAGCAAGAGAUGAUCUUGGUCUGUAACGGCAUCCGUAUGGAUCUGCAGCACGCCAACGAAUACAUCCGUGGAAAUACCCUUCGCUUCCUGUGCAAGCUUCGCGAUGCCGAACUCAUCGAACCACUCCUCGCACCUGCCCGCCAAUGUCUCGAACACCGCCACUCAUACGUCCGCAAGAAUGCCGUCUUCGCAAUUGCCUCCAUCUACCAACACAACGAGGCUCUUAUGCCCGAUGCUCCUGAGCUUCUCCAGACCUUCCUCGAGUCCGAGAGUGAUGCUACCUGCAAAAGAAACGCCUUUGCCGCUCUGAUCUCAAUCAGCCAUGACCAGGCCCUUGAGUACCUGAGCUCCGUCUUCGAAGGUAUCCCCAAUGCAGACGAGUUGCUCCAGCUUGUCGAGCUAGAGUUCAUCCGCAAGGACGCAGUCACAAACUCUCAAAACAAGGCACGUUAUCUCCGUCUGAUCUUUGAUCUCCUCGAAGCCAAGGAAUCAACCGUCGUGUACGAAGCCGCUUUCUCCCUCACAGCUCUCACCAGCAACCCCGUCGCAGUCAAGGCCGCCGCUGCCAAGUUCAUCGAACUGAGCAUCAAAGAGUCGGACAACAACGUCAAACUCAUUGUCCUUGAAAAGGUCAAUCAGCUGCGCCGCGUCAAUGAGGGUAUCCUCGACGACUUGACUAUGGAGAUCCUGCGUGUUCUGUCCAGCCCUGAUCUCGACGUCCGUAGAAAGGCCCUUAGCAUCGCCAUGGACAUGGUCUCAAGCAAGAACGUAGAGGAAGUGGUAUUGCUCUUGAAGAAAGAGCUCUCCAAGACCGUGGACGAGCAGUACGAGAAGAACAACGAAUACCGAUCUCUACUCAUUCACUCCAUUCACCAGUGCGCCAUCAAGUUCUCCGAGGUCGCUGCCAGCGUUGUUGGUCUAUUGAUGGACUCAAUCGCAGAUUUCAACAACGCAUCUGCAGUUGAUGUCAUUCAGUUUGUUAAGGAGGUCGUCGAGAAGUUCCCCAAACUCAGAGCGACCAUCGUCGGCCGUUUGGUUUCUACCCUCAGCGAAGUCCGUGCUGGAAAGGUCUACCGUGGAUCACUUUGGAUCAUUGGAGAGUAUUCUCUGGAAGCGAACGAUAUCCGCGAAGCUUGGAAGCACAUCAGAGCCAGCUUGGGAGAAAUCCCCAUUCUUGCUUCCGAGCAACGACUUCUUGAGGAACAGCCCGAUGGUGAGCCGAACUUGAACGACCAGGUCAAUGGUAACGCAAAGACUGCCCCCACUGGUUCACGAAAGGUCCUUGCCGAUGGCACGUAUGCUACCGAGAGUGCUUUGACCAGCCAGUCUGCUGUCAAGGCCAAAUUAGAGGCCGUCAAGGCCGCACAGAAGCCUCCUUUGAGACAACUUAUCCUAGACGGCGACUACUAUCUCGCCAGCGUGCUGGCUUCGACAUUGACAAAGCUUGUAAUGCGUCACAGCGAGAUCUCGGACGAUGAGGCUAGAACAAAUGCUCUCCGUGCUGAAGCUAUGCUUAUCAUGAUCUCGAUCAUCCGGGCAGGACAGUCACAAUUCGUCAAGCACCCCAUCGACGAGGACUCCAUCGAUCGCAUCAUGUCUUGUGUCAGAUCGCUGGCAGAAUUUGCACAGAAGCGUGAGCUUGAGAACGCUUUCCUCAACGAUACUAGGAAAGCUUUCAGGGACAUGGUCAACGUUGAGGAGAAGAAGCGUGCCGAAAAGGAUGCUCUUAGCAAGGCCAAGAACGCCAUCCAGGUCGACGACGUUGUGUCUAUUCGUCAACUCAGUAAGAAGAACGCUGUUGAUGGCGCAGACGAGAUUCAGCUCGACCUGGAGAAAGCUACCGGUGGUGACUCUGCUACGGAAGAUCUCAGCUCCAAGCUCAGCCGUGUCGUGCAGCUUACUGGAUUCUCCGAUCCUGUGUAUGCUGAAGCAUACGUGCAGGUACAUCAAUUUGACAUCAUCCUUGAUGUUUUGCUGGUCAACCAGACCCAGGACACUUUGCAAAACCUUUCGGUUGAGUUUGCUACACUUGGUGACUUGAAGGUUGUCGAAAGACCAACAACACAAAAUCUGUCGCCUCUGGAUUUCCUCAACGUUCAGGCCACCAUCAAGGUGUCUUCCACAGAUACCGGCGUCAUCUUCGGAAAUGUUGUCUACGAGGGCGCCUCAUCCACAGACCAGAGUGUCGUGAUCUUGAACGACGUUCACGUUGACAUCAUGGAUUACAUUCAGCCAGCUCACUGCACAGAGACACAGUUCAGAACUAUGUGGACCGAGUUUGAAUGGGAGAACAAGGUCAACAUCAACACGAAAUUGCCCGCCAACAAGGGUCUACGCGACUUCCUCAAGGGCCUGAUGAAGGUCACAAAUAUGAGCUGUCUAACACCGGACGCAAGUCUGAGCGGAGACUGUCAAUUCCUGAGCGCCAACUUAUAUGCCAGGAGUGUAUUCGGCGAGGACGCUUUGGCCAACCUUAGUGUCGAGCAAGAAGGCGACACCGUGACUGGAUUCGUGCGGAUAAGAAGCAGAUCGCAGGGACUGGCUCUCAGUCUCGGCUCGCUCAAGGGAUUGAACAAGAUUGGCGACUAUGUUUGAAAUGAUCCAAUGAUGAAAGAUAGACCCCGCUGAAGAAUUUGUGCCCGGCUAGGGCAAGUCAUCUAUGUGGUGAGGAGUAAGAAAGCCACUGUCAUCCAUCAAUCGUGUCUGGUUCUCGGUGCAACAUGCAAAGGCAGGCUAUGGCGUAACAGAGAAAAGUAGAGCAGUAUUAUGCAAGGGUAGUGUUCGUUCUGUAUUGCGACAAGGCAUCUUCAUGAUUUCUAAUUGUUAUUCUGGUUGGUUUCGUGAGAAUGAAGUGUACGAGUAAUUAGCGAGAGCCGAAAGUUCCAUUUCUAAUAACUAGAUUCGUAAUAGCGCAACACAUAGCGCC